AUGUGUACUAUGCGCGCACCGCCGCAACGCACGCGCAAAACGCGUCUUGCAGCCAACCUCCACGACGUCCACGGCCUCCAGAUGGCGGGCAUACCCGACAUCCGCAUAGUCCUCGCUCUGCUAGUCACGCUAAUCGUAUCCUACGGAACGCGCUACUCGAUCCUCAACUCGACUUUCCUGGACACUUCAGAUCCAUUCAUCACUACCACCCACCACCUAACCGACACGCACUUCUUCGCGUCCAAGAAGAACCCGCUGAAUGUGUACUUCUUGAAAUACGCGUGGGCGUGGACGUCAGCUGUAUUCCUGCCUGCGCUCGCGACGACUCCGCCAGAACGAUGGACGCGUCGCGCGUUGCAGUACGCCACGGCUAUGAUGUGCUGGAUCGCGUUCACAUCCUGGUUCUUCGGGCCAGCUCUCAUUGAGCGCAUCAUCGACUAUACGGGCGGACAAUGCGUGGUACAUGUGGACGAUAGGUUCUUCGUGCCGGUACCCGUCGAGUACUGCUUCAGGCGCGAGAUGAUCUCGCACCAUACGCACCCGCAUCUAUUCCCCGCACCUCUGCUCGAACUUGAGGCCGCACCAUCUAUUCCGCGAUUGAGGAGAGGACACGAUGUCUCAGGGCACAUCUUCCUCUUGACGCUCUCUGUCCUAUUCCUCGGUGACCAAAUACGCCAAUCACUGGCAUUCAAGCGCUACUGGAACAUCGUACACGAAACAGCCGUCGUCGCAUCGGGCGCGUUGUCAAUCCUAUGGCUAUUCUCGCUAUACGUGACAAGUGUGUACUUCCACACUGCGUACGAGAAGUACACUGGACUAGCGCUAGGGUUCUUCAGCUUCGCGUUGUCGCAAUGGCCUGUAUGGGUCAUGCCAGCCGAGUUCCCACCCGCUGCGGUUGAAGCCGCCCGUUCUGCACGGAGACAGAGGAGAAUGUCAUGA